ACCAGAGCUGUCCCGGCCAGCCUUCGCUGCAAGAACACCAGCACCAAACAAAAAUAAACCAAAUAAUAGUACUGCGAGAAAAUACGCAGAAAAGGAGGAGGAAAGAAGAGUCUCCUUUGCACCAGCUCCUCUGUUUUGUGGACUGGACUGGACUGGACACCAAAAGAGUCACCAAACCCCCAUAUCCAAUCCAGGGAAUCUCGAGAGCCUUCAUGGUUUCCCUGACGGCCCCUUGAUCCGAGGAGCCAGAGUUUCUUGGAGAGGGGGUUCUUGGAUAGGAUUUGUUCGGCCAUGUCGGUCUCGUCCUCGUCUAUGUGCGGCGGGGACGCCGGGAUGAAGAGCGUGGUUUGGUUCCGGAGGGACCUCAGGGUGGAGGACAACCCGGCGCUGGCGGCGGCGGCGCGCACCGCCGGAGAGGUGGUGCCGGCGUACGUGUGGUCGCCGGAAGAGGAUGGCCCGUACUUCCCGGGGCGUGUGUCGCGGUGGUGGCUCAGCCAGAGCCUGAAGCACCUGGAAGCCUCGCUCCAACGGCUCGGCGCCGGCAAGCUCGUCACCCGGAGGUCCGCGGACGCCGUCGUCGCGCUGCUCCAGCUCGUCCGCGACACCGGCGCCACGCACCUCUUCUUCAACCAUCUCUACGACCCGAUCUCGCUGGUCAGGGACCACCGGCUGAAGGAGAUGCUGACGGCAGAGGGCAUCAUCGUGCAGUCUUUCAACGCGGACCUGCUGUAUGAUCCAUGGGAGGUUGUCGAUGAUGAAGGUCAUCCAUUCACCAUGUUCAUGCCAUUCUGGAACAGGUGCCUCAGCAUGCCGUAUGAUCCCCCCGCACCACUGCUGCCACCUAAGAGAAUCAAUUCAGGUGACUUAUUGAUGUGCCCAUCAGAUGAUCUGAUCUUCGAGGAUGACUCAGAGAGGGGAAGCAAUGCACUUCUUGCACGAGCCUGGUCACCUGGCUGGCAGAACGCAGACAAGGCGCUAACUGCCUUUCUGAAUGGCCCUUUGGUUGACUACUCGGUGAACCGCAAGAAAGCAGACAGUGCAAACACUUCCCUCCUAUCACCUUAUCUGCAUUUUGGUGAGCUGAGUGUGCGCAAGGUCUUCCACCUUGUUCGAAUGAAGCAACUUGUAUGGAGCAACGAGGGUAACCAUGCAGCUGAGGAGAGUUGCACCCUGUUCCUCCGAUCCAUUGGUCUCCGGGAGUACUCGCGGUAUAUUUGCUUCAACCAUCCAUGCAGUCAUGAGAAGCCCCUCCUUGCACACCUCAGAUUCUUCCCCUGGGUGGUCAAUGAGUGCAACUUCAAGUUUUGGCGCCAGGGAAGGACUGGCUACCCUCUUGUUGAUGCCGGCAUGAGGGAGCUGUGGGCGACUGGGUGGUUACAUGAUCGGAUACGUGUGGUGGUGUCAAGCUUUUUCGUCAAGGUCCUUCAACUACCAUGGCGAUGGGGGAUGAAGUACUUUUGGGACACUUUACUAGAUGCUGAUCUCGAGAGUGAUGCACUAGGUUGGCAGUACAUCUCUGGCUCUCUCCCUGAUAGCCGAGAGCUCGACCACAUUGACAACCCUCAGCUCGAAGGUUACAAGUUCGAUCCACAUGGGGAGUACGUCCGGCGGUGGCUUCCUGAACUUGCAAGGCUGCCAACAGAAUGGAUACACCACCCAUGGGAUGCACCAGCGUCUGUGCUGCAAGCUGCAGGAGUUGAGUUAGGCUCCAACUAUCCUCUCCCCAUAAUUGAGCUAGAUGCAGCCAAAUCAAGGCUGCAAGAAGCUCUGUCAGAAAUGUGGCAGCUUGAGGCAGCAUCCAGGGCCGCGAUGGACACUGGAAUGGAGGAAGGCCUCGGUGACUCCUCAGAGGUGCCACCAAUUGAAUUCCCACAAGAUUUACAGAUGGAAGUCCACUGGGAACCAGCCAGGGUUACAGCCAAUGUGCUCACAACUGCUCGGAGACGUCAGGAUCAGAUGGUUCCUACCAUGACAUCUUCAUUGAACAGGGUUGAAACAGAGAUUUCUGCUGAUUUAGGGAAUAGCGUUGAUAGUAGGGCAGAGGUACCGUCCCACAUGCAUGUUGAGCCACAAACUGAGAGGGAGGAAAUGAUCCGUAGCACGGGCAAUGUUGUUAGAACCAAUGACUUUCGCCAUCAUAAUAACUUUCAGCAACCUCAGCACCGUAUGCGAGACAUGUUUGCAGCAUCUGUGUCAGAAGCGUCAAGUAGCUGGACCGGGAGAGAAGGUGGUGUGGUCCCAGUUUGGUCACCUCCUGCUGCAUCAGGCCAUUCUGAAACUUAUGUAGCUGAUGAAGCAGAUGUUUCUAGUAGGAGUUAUUUGGAUAGGCAUCCACAGUCGCACCGGUUGAUGAACUGGAGCCAGCUAUCACAGUCAUUGUAAGUCGCACACACGGACAACGGGCAGGGAUGUGGAAAAUUCUGUGCAGCCAAAUUUCAUCGGUUAGGGUUUUCUCGACGCGGAAAUUCAUAUGUAAAUUUUCCACCCACUUGCUCAUCUAUAGCCUCGAGGAGCAUGCAAGGCAAGCAGGCACCUUCCUGAAUGUGAUAAUAGUUGUGUAAAUCUAAUCCUCGAGAACAUAUGGAUUUGCAUUAUAACUUUGCUAGAGUAUAUUGAGAAGGAUCUGUAUUAUUGAUCUGACAAUUGAGGGUUUCCUAGCGUCAUGCUUAUAUUUGGGUAGGGGUGUACUGUAUGUCUAUAGCUGUAAAUUUCCGUGUGUUAUUGACAAUCUUUAGUUGCUACUGUCAGUUGCAUUACUGGGACUGACCUGGCUGCUCCAACUGCAAGAUGUGGAUUGAUGCCUUGUUUUGACAGUGAAUGAGGAAGCAAUUUGAUAAUGUGAA